AUGGCAGAUCAUUUGGAGGAACAGCAAAGCCUCCACACAGCAUCCGCAUCCGCUUCCUUUCGAACGAGAGUUGUCGAAGCUGUCGAAUUUGACGAAGCUGUUCCCGGGAUCGGCCGCCCUGAGUCCGGUCAGACCGCGGUCUUCAGCGACGGCACGUGGCAGGUGAAGAACACCUUCAUCGAGGUGCCCGAAGUGGCCCAAGCCUCUCACCUUCGGCGGGCUUUCUCAGCACCAGCAGGAUGUGGCCUCAAACUCCACAGCUUUCCCGUUGAAAGUCCAUGCUCGACAGCCAUGGAUUCACCGGAUGCCGCCAAAAACUGCAUCAUCGACAGUCCGUUGGGCGGACUCCAAGGAGUGCCCCCACCACCCCCUGAGCCACCAAGACUGCCUUUCAGUACGUUGCCGCCACUGCCAGCGCCGCCGCCAAAGAGAUGCAGGAAGCUUCGACGUCCAAAGCGAUCCGACCGAUCACAGGAUCCGCCACACAAGGCGCGUGCUAUCGUUGUAUUUGCAGACCAUGGCGAGCCGUCCUGGAAAUAUGCACCAAGUCCCGUUGGCCCCGGUGUGCACCGAUAUCCUUUGAGGGAUCAAGGUCGCCGGAAUCGAUUGGUGUUUUGCCAAGGGAUUUGCAAACAUUGCAUUAACCCAAAAGAACAUUGCAUGAAGCAGUUGUGCAGCUAUGAGCAUUGGCACCAUGAUGUUCUUUUGAAGAUCCUUGAGAUGGUGGACCAAUUGGAGGAUGAGAUGCCAGGAGAGGCCACGAGGCUUGACUGCUUGGCUUGA